CGAGCGACCUAGGGCGGAGGGCCUGGGGCGGCGGAUCUGAAUUUGCAAGGAUAGAAACCCAAACUUUGACUACAUCAGUCCGCACCUCCCGAGGGAAGCAAAGGACGGGUUAUCUUUUUUCUUUCUUUCUUUCUAUUCCAAGAGACACUCAAACUUCGGCACUUGUUCCCUUUUCUUGGAUUGCUGUGGAGAAGGGUUGCUGGCGGCGUUGGGAACAGUCAGGACUGUGCUGUUGUAACUCUGAUUUUAAAGCGACAGUAGAGGAUCAGACUUUUUAAAUGUUUGGGAUUCAAGAUACUUUAGGAAGAGGACCAGCUCUAAAAGAGAAAUCGCUGGGCGCCGAGAUGGAUUCAGUCCGGUCCUGGGUCCGGAAUGUCGGCGUGGUGGACGCCAAUGUCGCGGCGCAGAGCGGGGUAGCCCUGUCCCGGGCCCACUUUGAGAAGCAGCCUCCUUCCAACUUGAGGAAGUCCAACUUCUUUCAUUUCGUCCUGGCGCUCUACGACAGGCAGGGGCAGCCGGUGGAGAUCGAGCGCACAGCCUUCGUGGACUUUGUGGAGAACGACAAAGAACAAGGGAACGAAAAGACCAACAACGGCACCCACUACAAGUUACAGCUCCUCUACAGCAACGGCGUUCGCACGGAGCAGGACCUCUACGUCAGGCUCAUCGACUCGGUCACCAAGCAGCCCAUAGCUUACGAGGGACAGAAUAAGAAUCCGGAAAUGUGCCGAGUUCUCCUGACCCACGAAGUGAUGUGCAGUCGGUGUUGUGAAAAGAAAAGCUGUGGAAACAGAAAUGAAACUCCUUCAGACCCUGUCAUCAUCGACAGGUAGGGGGAAAAAGUGAUUUUUAGAUCAUUUUUGGUUUCUGUCCAUCAUGAAUUUCAGCUCUGAGUAGUGAUCACUUGGGGCUUUGCUGUAAGGUUGGUUUUAUGUUAUCUUAAAGGCAUUAAUCUAGUCCAACGAGGGUUUUCUUGUGCCUGGAUGGCCUUUCUUGGAAGAAAUCAGAACCUUUUGGAACAUGUGUCUCUAAAUUUGUGGUGAGUUCUUUUCCAAGUGCACUAACUUUAGCCUAAUAAGGAAUGUGAAUGCUGAAGGAUGCCACCUCUCCUAGCUGACAGGGUAUG